AUGGCACCGAAGCGAAAGAUUUCGGCCCAACUAUCGACAGAUAAACUCGGCAAGUUACUGACACCAAUAGAGUUAUCGACGAUCAAAAACUCUAAUAUCAUCAAAAAGCUCGAACUAGCACUGCCAGAUGCUGAUGAUGAUGGAAAAAAGAUCGAAGUUCAGCGACUUAAAAAUGAGUUAGAUGAGACAAAACACCUGCUCGAAAAAGCGACCGAGUCCUCUGCUGCCCUGAAUCAAUCUACUGCCGAACAAGAUGAUCAAGACAAACGAGCAUCUACUGCCCUUCUCUCCGAGCUCAACGCACUACGAGAUCAAAUUGCGGAAUGUCAUCGAAAUAUGCACAACAAGGAUGGCGAUUUGACUAAAAUCAAAGUCGAGCGAGAUCGAGUAUUGACAGACAAGUCGCGGCUGGAGCAAGUGCUCAAACAAAAAGACGAAGAGCUCACGAAUCUGAUGGAAGAGUACGAGUCAACAGCGACGAAGGCGAAUACAUUGUUGAAAGAGAAAAACCAGGUGAAAGGACAGUUGGACACUCUCGAAAUCGAACGGAGACACGAUGGCUUCACUAUUGAGCGACUGAGAUCAACGACAAAAAAGCUAGAGAUCGAAAAUCAAAGUCUCACUUUGGAGCUCGAUAACGAAAAGGUGAGAUAUCAAACUGCAAAAAAACUUGCUGAUGAGGAUCGAAAAAAUCGAAAGGGUGAAGCUGACAAUGCACAAAAAGAGAUCGAAUCGCUGGAGAACCGUAUUCAAGUUUUGGAAAGCGACCUGGAGUACAAAACCAACCAGGUUCUCCAGCAACGAAACGAGUUUGAAGAGCGAGCGAAGGAGUUCGCCGACUCUGAGCAGCUCUACAAAACGGACAUUCUCACUCAGGGCCGCGUUGUUGAUCUUCUGAAAUCGCAGCUAGAAACGCAUCGAAAGAAGGGCGAAGAAAGUAGCGCAACUGUCGAAGAGCUCCGUGCAGAUAUGCACCAGCUUCUCGAGCAGAACGUGCAGCUGAAGGAGACCGUCCAGCGCUGCGAGGAACUCGAGAAAGAUUUCGAAAUGCGAAAAACCAAGAUGGAGGAAGAGCUCAAACUUGCCAACGACAUGCUCUCCGAGGUUAAACGAACCGGGCCAGCUUUUGACAAGAACGAGCUAGAGGAAUUUAGUCCAAUAGCUGCUGCUGCCAUCAAGCUCCUCCGAUCAGGCAUGACACUCACCGAGAUGUACUCAGAGUACAUCACUAAGUCCCAGCUUGCGGAAAAACUCGAGGCGGAAAACGAGGCAUAUCAGCAGAUGCAGCGUCAAAUCAUGGGCGAGAUCAAAGACAAAGAGCCCCAGCUCCAGCGAAUGCGCGACGAGUAUGAAAAGUCGCAAGGGUUUAUCCAGAGUCUAACGGAUCAGUUGGCAGACUCGAAUCAAGAAUUGGGCGCGCUUAGACUCGAGUGUCAUCAAGUGAGAACAUCGCGCCAAAAGCUCGCUGAAGAGAAUGACAUCUUCGUCGCUCAAAUCAAGGAGCUCAACAUGCGCAAUGCCGAUUUGAUUCACAAAAUCGAAGACGGAAGUAACUUAGAUAACAUCAUCACUGACACCCAGAAGCAGCUCUCCGACAAGACUAAUGAGCUCAUCGCCCUUCAGUUCAAGUACAAGGCCUUUACUGACUUGAACACGGAAGAGCUGGAAACAAAGCUCAACGAGAUGGGUCAUCUUCUCGAGCUUGAGAAGAUCGAACGUAGCAACAUCGAAACUGAGCUGAACGCAAUCAAAAAGCAACGGGAAAGUUGGCACGAGUACUUCGAACGGCGACGAAUCGAAGACGAAGAGAAUGAGAUGGACGAUGGUGUUCGUUCCAUCGAAGAAACCUCCGCAUUGGUGCCUUCUCCAAGAAAAUCCUUCUCGAAUGCGAAGGAUAAGGAACUUGUGGCUUCUUUGCAGCGCGAACUGGACCAGUGCAAGUUCAAAAUCGAAGAGCUUCAAAAGAAAAACACUUGUCAAUAUUCGGAGAUUGUUAAUCACGAAAAGGAGCGCAACGAUUUAGCCUGCAGGAUCAGCAAGUACGAGGUCACUAUCAAGAACCAAGACUUUGUUCUUGUAACGAAAGAGGACGAGCUGAAACGAUGCAAGGAGCAGGUAGAGACGCUUAACUCAUCCCACGAGCAGUUGGUAAAAACGCUCGAGAAGGAGAGCGAGAACUCGUCCAACAUCACCGCUUCUCUCAUGGAAGCAAUUGAAGAAAAGUCGCAGUUCAAAAUUGCCCUGGCCGCUUCUAAGAGCAAGAACUCCAACUUGGAGUGGGAAAUCAACAACUUGAAAGAACAACUCAAGAAUAUUGAGAAGAACGAACUCCAGCAGAGCGCCGUGCUCGACACUAUGACGAAACUGCAGCAGCAUUUCGCCGAGCAAAAGACCGCCACCACUAUCAAGCUCGAGAGUGAUCUCAACGCCGAAAUCGCCAAGACGCAAGCUUAUGAGAGCAAAAUCGAGAGCAUCCACAAGGAGCAUGCCGACGCCAUUCAAAAACUCAAGCAGCAGGAAGAAACCGUCUCUAAAAAGCUUGAAGAAGAGCGCAACAAGAACUCGACUCUCGCUCAAGAGCUCCAACGAAUCAAGCAACGGCAGAUGCUUCAAUUUUCGAAGAGUCCGACGAGAGCAGGAGGACCCGGUUCCCAAAUGAAGCCAGCUUCGGACUUCAGCGACGAACUCAAGCGAUACGAAGUCGAUAUAAAAUCUUUGAAAGAAGAUCUUGAGCGAAAAGAUGUUCAAAUUGCUGAUUUCAAAAAGAUCGCGUCGGAUGCUGAGAAGCGAAUGAAUGAGAGCAUCGAAGAGUUCACGAAAAUUAAGCUUUGCAAAGACAAAGAAAUCGAGGAGGCGCAGCAAACAGUCGUCGAAAGAGAUCAAACUAUUUCUGAUCAAAGUAGCGAAAUCGAGCGACUCAAAAAGGAGUCUGGCACGGAAGACAUUCAAAAUCUUCGUACUGAGAUCGACUCUCUCAACUCAACGAUCUUGAGCUUGAAAGAAAACUUGAACGCGAAGGCCGAUGAGCUCUCCCACUUGAACGACAACUACAUGAACCAAGUAGUUGCCAGUGGACAAGCACUUUCGGAGGUUCAGAAGUACAAGGCGGAGCAGAAUGAGCUAAAGUUGAAAAAUCGCCAACUCAUCGAAGAAAACCUCGUCCAAAAGGCCCGAAAUGACGCAGCAUUUAGCGAGUGGAAGGAAGAGAAAGAAAUGCUUCAGAAACGCGUUGAGGAGGGCGCUACUCGAAUUGAGGAACAGAGCCGAAAGAAUAAUAUUCUUCAUGAGCAGCUCGAAGCUUUAAACAAAGAAGUCACUGACUCAAGACGACGAGGUUCAAUUGCCAAUCUCGAUUCUAGCCAGAUCAGCAUCACUGAAGACAGUUCUGGACUUCUUGAACUCUCACAGAUCAUGCGUCGAGAUGUUUCUAUCGCCGAGGGCGAGCGAGACAUGGCCAAAACCGAGGUCAUUCGACUCCAGACUCGUACUCGCAUGCAGGAAGAUCAGAUCGCCGAGCUAAAACGUCAUCUGUCCGACCUUGAGGCUUUGGCCAAAAAGCCAUCGAUGACGGAAGAGCAGCACCGAAAACUCGUCGACUCUGUUAACCAACUUAACAUUGUUAAAGAGUCCAACUGCGUCCUUCGCGAUGAAAAGAACCGCGCACUCGAGGAGAUCAAGUCCAACGAGCAGAAAAUCGCCGAGCUCGAGAACCAACUGCGCCCACUCAUCCGACUUGAAGCCGAGGCAAAGCAGACAAUGGACAAGAAAGAUGAGGAGCUCACUGAGGCAAAGAAAGCGCACGCCGAGGAAGUCCAAAAACUCAAAACAGCGCAUCAGGAAGAGAUCAAAAAGGCAAACCACGGCAAGAUAUCGAUCGAAAAGGUCAAGCAGAUUCGACUGGAGUCUGAUACAUGGAAAAAGACUGUCGAUGCGAAGAAUGCCGAGCUCCGGGGCAAGGAAAACGAGCUUCUCGAAUUCAAGGGUCAAACCGCAGCGCUUAAGACUCAGAUCGCGAAGCUUGAAGAAGACAAAAAAACUCUUGAGGCGAGCUCGGCUGAUAACGCGUCGAGCAAAACAGAGCUGGAGACUCUCCAGGCUAAGUUCAAGGAAUCAGAGGACAAGGUCAAGCGUCUUCGAACGAUCGCUGUCAAGCAUCGGGAUGAGAACAAAAAACUCAAAGAAGACGCGGCUAAAGCGAGCAACAAGCCUGAAAGCACCGCGAAAGAUACGCAAACCGAAGGCGACGAAAACAUCCUCGGCGGCAUGCAGAGCGACACGAAGGCGGAAAUGGACAUAAUGAAAAAAAUGUUUCAGGGAAAAAUCAAAAACCUGAACGAGCGGCUCGAGAAAGAAGUGAAUGCGCGAAGAGACGAUAUCGAAGCCCAAAAGAAGCGACAGGCAGAGAUGGAUGCAGAGUUAAACAAGGCGAAAGAGGACAAAAACCGCCUCAUGCAAAACGCGAAGCGCAAGAUUCUUGCGCUGAAGAAGGAGCUGGACGAAGAGAAAGCCAAGGAGCGAGAGAUCACUCCAGAAGCUAAAGAGCAACCGGCCAUUCAGCCUAAGGUUGCCACAGAGCCGAAAUCCGUCGCUGAAGUGACUCCGCAGCAGCGCGAGCCCAAGAAGCCCCAAGGCCGCGUCAUCGGACAUGUCGUUCCGACUCGCGUUGAAGACGUCCAGGAAAGCACCACUGCCCAGGCGAUCAUUUCACCCAUGCCUUCUUCCAACUCUACUGUCGUCAAUGCCGAAGCGGACAGCGCCUCGAAUCUCGUUCCUCAGGCUUCGUCGAUUUCUUCAUCCGUCACCAUGGUUCCAGAUUCCAGCCAACCGGACGAGCCAAUAAUGCCUGUCGUGACACAGCCAGUUGUGUCCCAAGCUGUAUCAAGCUCGACAACUGUGAUUGCUCCAGCGCAGACGAUCCAAGUCGAGUCUGGUCCCACUCAAUCGGACAUGAUCAGCUCCCCACCACGCGCUCAAAAACGCGGUCGAUCAGACACCAAUGACUCUGAAGACGGCGAAUCAAAGCGAUUCCGUAUCAAUCAAGAGUCUCAGGAGUCCCAAGAUGCUUCUUCUUCCCAAGAGCCGUCGACAUCAAUUCCUAUUGAUGAUCUUGAAGAGGCCGAGCCGGCAGCAGAGCCCAUCACCAUCGACGAGGAAAACGAUCUCAACGAAAACCUGGACGAAGAAGGUCAGGACGAAAGCGCAGUUCCCGCAGCCGAAGAAGCGCCGGAAGUUAUUGACAUGACUGAAGAUAACAACGACGACAUCGAUAAUGAGCCUGUCGAGAUCCUUGACGACGAGCAGGAUGAACAAGCAGCGGCGAACGAGUCGAUUGAAAUCGACGAUGCUCCAACUGUCUCGACAACUGUUGAGGUGGAUCCGCCAGUUCGCUCGGUGCCUCCACCAUUGGAGGGAAUCACUGGUCUCUCUCGGCCAAGAUCCAUUCCUGCUCGAAUCCCAACUACUCCUGGCAUCAUCCACGUCACAAAUGACGAUGAUGAUGACGGAUGCGUGCCACAUACGCCCACCCUUGUUGGUACGAGAUCUCAGCACGAAGGAAACCAGGCCCUUGUUUCCCCUGCUCCUCAAGCCGUCCAGUCCAGCGGACAACGAUUCCAUUUCUUUGGGGAGAACACGGAUAAUGAUCACUCCGUUCCUGGUCUGUCCGAAGCCGUGUCGUCCACGACGGAGAACAACUUGCAAGAAAAUUAA